AUGAUCAGAAAGGGGAGUAAUGAUGGCAGGGGAAUGGAUACAACAACUGAUUUCUUUUUUUUCCCUUCUGUGUGUCUUUGACAGGUUACAGCCAAGACUGCCUUCCUGUUUAUCUUACCUCAGUAUAAUGUUAGUGUGCCUACAGCAGAUGGGGAGCUGGUCCAGUAUCACUAUGGGCUGAAGGAUCUGGUCACCAUCCUCUUCUACAUCUUCAUCGCCAUCAUCCUGCAUGCAGUGGUGCAGGAGUACGCCCUGGACAAAAUCAACAGGCGUCUCCAUCUCUCCAAGGUCAAACACAGCAAGUUCAAUGAAUCGGGACAGCUGGUUGCCUUCCACCUCACCUCUGUGAUUUGGUGCUUGUACGUCGUGGUGACGGAAGGAUACAUAUCAAACCCCCGGAGUUUGUGGGAAAACUACCCGCAUGUUUAUCUUCCGUUCCAGGUGAAGUUUUUCUACCUGUGCCAGCUGGCAUACUGGCUGCACGCCCUGCCAGAGCUCUACUUCCAAAAAGUUCGCAAGGAGGAGAUCCCCCGCCAGCUGCGGUGCAUCGCGCUCUACCUGGUGCACAUUGCCGGCGCGUACCUCCUCAACUUAACCCGCUUGGGGCUGAUCCUCCUGCUGUUGCAGUACUUGGCCGAAUUCUUCUUCCACAUGGCCCGGCUGGUCUACUUCACGGAUGAGAACAACGAGAAGCUGUUUAAUGUCUGGGCUGUCGUGUUCGUGGUCACCAGGCUCUUCACCCUCACCUUGUACAUCCUGGUCAUGGGCUUCGGGCUGCCGCGGGUGGAGAACCAGGCCCUCGACCCAGAGAGGGGGAACUUCUUUAGCUUUCUCUUCAACAAUAUCCUCUUCAGAAUGAGUGUGCUGCUGUUGGUGUGCCUCUUCCAGGCCUCGGUGAUGUGGCGCUUCAUCCACUUCCAGCUGCGGCGCUGGCGGGAGUACUGGAACGAGCAGAGCAGUCGGAAGCGAGCCGCUGCCACCGCCGGCACCAAGCAGCAAGCCAAGCCACUCAAGAGGGACUCGGGUUAUCAUGAAAACGGAGUGGUGAAAGCGGAGAACGGCACCUCGCCGCGAACCAAGAAGCUGAAAUCACCAUAGAAGCAAAGGCUUGGCUCUUGGGGAGGAGGGUGAGAUACCGGGACUAAGAAGCAGCCCCUCCUCCUGGUCCUCACAAGCAUCGAGCAUCGUCUUGAAAGGCUUGGAAACUGGUCAUCUUCCCAAGGUGUCUCUCGCUCUCCUCCCUUCCUUUCUUGCUCUCUUGAACCAUUUGCAAUAAAACCAAAAAGGUCCCUUUCCCUUCUCCCUUGCCCUCGUAGGAGCCUUUUCCAACCCUCCUGGUUUUGCCUUCCUCUGUUUCAUCGUAAAUCAGUGUGCAAUUUUUUUCCUUUUCUAUUUUAGUGUUUGGUUAUUUUUGAUUCUUGUUACAAAUGCAUCAUAGAUGGUUCCGAACAAUCCUUUUUUUCUUCUACAGCAGAUUUCUCCCCUCUCUCUGUGGUGCUUCCCUCAGCCCCGGGGUCAGGGCCACAGCAGCUUGAAGGCACCAUGUGUCUGUUGUGGGAACAGGCUCCUGGGCAAAUGCGCUGGGGCUCUGUGAUCCUGAGGCUUAGGGGUGCUCUCAGGCAAGGGUUGCCUCUCCUGGGGCACGUCUGGCCAGUGCUUGGCAAGUACCACGAGAUGGUGGUGCUGCAAAUAGAGACCAGGGUCUGAGAGAGGAGUCUCAGCUGUGUCUUGCCUCAUGGUGGACCUCUGGUUAAGUGGGGGUUUUCUGACACCUGGUUUUGAGCUAAUUUUGGAGAACUGGGCAGCAGAGAAGGGAGAGAGUUUCUCUCUUCAUAUAGGACCCACCUCCUAGCCUUUGCUUGCCCCAGCUCUUCUGGUACAGCUGGGCCCCUCACACCCUCCUGCCUGCAGGAGGUGAGCUAGCCCGUAGUUGUUCUGGACCUCCCAGCCCCAAGAGCUCAGCUCGGGGCUCUGCAGCUCACAGUGCCUUGUUGUGGGGCAGCAGCAUCCUCAGGUCCAUGUGAAACCUUGGGUCCUGCCCCGCUCUGAGUGCUGGCCUGGCGCCUGUUAGCCCAGGUCCUUUGCCAGCUUGUGUGUGCCUCGUGGACCUGGUGUUCUCAUGGCUCAUGACCACAUCUAGAUGACAAACUGGCUGCUGCAAACGGUUUUUGCAUCAGUGGGACUGUGCUUCUCAUGCUGUCACCUUAGCCUUCCUUAACCCUACUGUACCAGUCCAGCUGUGCCAUCGGCAGCCACCAGCUUCACUCUUUUGUUUCCAAAGGAUACAGAGCUUGUAUCCACCCAAGGUGCUAUCAAAUGCAGGGUUUCUUCCAAAAAACCUAGCCCCUUCAUCCCUUUCUGAGCUGUGAAUGAGAUGACAGGGAAGGGGAAGGAAGCCAGGGCUGCAAGGAGCAGCUUGCAUAUUAGGAAAAGCCUGACCUGUGACGCGUAGCUGUUGGCAGAUGGAGUUGUCUCAAAUCUACCUCAGAGGCUAUCUGUUGCUGCAGACCACUUUCCCUCUUGCUUCUGCCCGCUGCUGCCCGUAUAUGCUGGCAGGAGAUUCGUGGGAACUCCAGAUCCCACCGGCUCAAUCCCCUGCUGCCUCUUUGCUGGGGAGCAGCAUCUCCUGCCCAGGGUUUUGUGGGUCAGUGCCAGCUCGCUGAGCUGCUUCGGGCUGCCAUGCCCCAGUCUAGAUUUGGUAGGCGUUCAGUAGACGGGCACCUCUCAGCCCCCAGCUCUCCUCUGGGGCAGUUUCUGUAGCUGGGCUUUGCUGUUGGUGCCUCUUGUGCAGCAAAGCCAGCUGUAGCUUUAGUUCUGCUUCGCCGCAGCAGGAGCAGGCGGGCGGUGCACUCCCUCGGCUGGAGGAGAAGAGAGGGCACAGGCUUGGGGGAAGCUGCAGUGCUCUUCGAUGUGCAAGCCAGGAUCGAGGUCCACCUUCCUUGCAGGUGAGGGAGGCACGUGAUCUGUAGCGUGCCCCUUGCGCAGCCCUUUGGGUAGCUGAACUCUGGCUCUCUCCGAGUGCAAUUCUAGCUUGAGGCUGGCACAGUCGUCCUUCGCAUCAUUCGUGUUUUGGGGAACGAGUGACAGUUGAUUUUCUGCCCCUCUUUGAGUUGGGUCGCGUUUUUAUCCUCCUGUAGGUGUCUUUUGACCUUUCCUUCUUUCCUUGUUGAGCCCCAGCUAACGCUGGGCACCGGAGGGAGAAAAUGUGCAGGGACAUGAGGACAGUUACUAAAAUUCCAUUUGUUCUCCAUCCCCAUGAUGUCUGAGUGUCAAAUGAGAGAUACUGGCAGGAGAGGCAUCCCCCCUUUUUCAGGGGAACCGAGGAAGGAAAUUUCAGAGCAGAGCCCUUGGUGGUAUCUUGCAAUUGCUCCUCGUAGCCCUUCUCGGGUAGAUAAAACACAUUUGGCUCAGAGGCAGCAAUAGUGACCGCAGCGCAACGUGACUAGAGCAGGAAAAGAGCUUUAUUUUAGGGAGGACGUGGAAAAGGUCUAGUGUGAGAGGUUUUUCCUUUCUGCUGCCUCUUCCCAUCCCCAGCCAUCCACUGCCACGUGCCCUCCGAGAGCAACCGCUGGCCGGCAUCUGCAGAGCCUCAGCCCGAACCUUUCUGCAAAGCCGGUGCCUCGCAGCAGCUGAGGCAUUGACUCUGUUAACAGGUGACACAUACAGUCCCCUCAAAAAACGGCUGCUGAAUGAUUCCUCCUCCUGCCUGCUUCACUUCAGGCAGCAUUUCCACUUGCACAAUCCUGUGUUUCCAUACAGUAGCUGUUCAUGCUUUGUAUCCCAAGUGCCUUAUGUUGCCACGUAGUCUCUCGUACACUUGGUCUGUGUACUAUAUCAAUAGCUGGACACCCUCCCUCUACAGUGUACGUACAACAUAUGCUACAUUUAUGUGGGUUUUGUUUUCUUUUUUUGAUAAAGCUACCAGUAAAAGGGACAGUUUGUUUUGGAAGCAUUUUCAUGUGCUUUUUUUUUU